CGGUUGGUGUAGGGUUAGUGUAUGGUGGGUGUAUGGUUGGUGUUGGUGUGUGGUUGCUAGGAGGCGGACAGAAGCCUGCGACGACAAAAAAAAGGAAGCGGCUUUCGUGAACAAGAUGUUGCUAUGUAAAGGCAGCACGUCUAGCCCCUUCUCCGUAAUGGAGACACACAUUUAGUCGUUUUUCUGAGUAAUAGGAACACUUCUCCUUCACUUUGAGUAUCAGAAUCCAUACCAGGGGAGUGUACGAUGGCAGUUCAUGGCCUCCAGUGGAGCUGAAGAUUUGAGGAGUGGGGCAUCUCGGUCAGCCCUCGUCGUUCAAGCUAAGUCUGCAGUUGUGCAUUCAUUCAAUGCUCGUGUGUCUUCCAGCCUCACUGAGAAGGAACGGCAUCACCCUGCAGCCCCCGGUGACUCUGUAUCGCGGCCCAAUGUGACAGUGGCGUAUUACCAGCCUCUUCGAACCUCAGGGAUCUCUUCACAGUGUGCCUAUCCGUCAGUGCCUGCAGCACCUACCACUGUAACACGGGUCGUGCAUGACAGGAGUGCAGUUGCUCGUCCUCCUAACGGUCUUGGUAAUAUUGAUACAAGAGCUGCCAACGUGGUCUCAAAGAGCUCAGUUUAUAUAUGUUGCCCCUCUACAGCUUGCCAUAGCCCCUGCUGCCGGGAGGCAUCUGUCUCAAGCUAUCAGUCACACUGGCACUUGAACCCACUCGGGUUAAGGUCAAAACUUUUAGGGAAAAGGUCCUUUUCACCCCAGCUCUCUAUUUAUCUGACUUGUCCCUCUCCACCCAAGUCCUCCUCUCACAGGGCAUCUGUCAUAGUCGAGAAGAUCAUGCCCACAAACCAGUCUUAUCCAUGGACGGACAGCAAGCUUAAAAGUAGCAGCAAAGGGGUUAUUCAACCAUCCACUGCCAAAGUGCCUAUGAAUGUCAGACUAGAGGGACUUGGAGAAGCAAAGGACUUGGAGAAGCAAAGCACUAUACUGUCUGCCUCUCACUGUAAUAGUGGAGACAAGGGAGAUGGCAUAGGAGGUACAGCUAAGUCCACGUAUUUGGAGGACAAAUGCCCAGAUGUGCCUCUGAACCAUAUCUUUGGCGCUCGUGAAUGGCCUCAGUAUGAGAAGAUUGUGGCUGAGGACACUAAAGAGAAUGCACAUGUGGUGGAAUGUUGUGUGGGCCAUGGCACCAGUGAAGCACCUCUGAGAAUGAGAAAGGUCAGCUCUGAGGUAGAGUUCACUGCAGCCAUCCCAAACCUCCCGAAAAGCAUGGCACACGGGCGAAACAGGAUGAUAAAUGGUCUGAGUGCACCCCUCAGGACCAGCGUUGGUCCUCACAGCAGUCCUAGCACAGCCAGGACAGGAACAGGAACAGCCGCAGGUGCCACUUUUUCAACGAAAUCCUCAACCUCUUGCCUUAUUAACGGCAACGGAGAGUCUAGUGUGACUUCCAGUGCCAUUUGUCCAGACGCCAGAACUGAAAAAUACCCCUCUAGUUCUCUCAGUGAUGGAGUGCCUCAGUGCAGUACUCAUGCCAUUCCUGAGAUCAGCCAUAAAGUAGACCCCCUACACUCUCCCACUGUUUACUCAGUUACAAAUCAGAUAUCCUCCAUACACCUCACAAAGGGGAGGUCUCAGUACAUCUUGGAAGAGAACCUGAACCUUUGCCCUAUGAUCCAAGACAAAGAACAUGCUCGUGCGGUCAAUGGUCAGGAGCGUGUUGCCCUUCUAAAGAUUGGAGAGGAGGAUUUUCCAGAUGAGUUGGAGAAUGACUGCAGCGGCAAUGACGAUGAUGGAUCUGAUUGUGAUGCCUUCUCAGCGACAUCUAUGGCAGCCUCAACAAAUACUGAGGAGCCGAUGAGCUCUGAGCCAGAGGAUGAACGGGUGGUGAAGCCAGCACUGGUGCCCAGCCUGUUCCCCUUCAUGCCCCCAACCCUGUACUUCAGUACUGCCAGUGAGAAGGUGGAACUGCUGCCUCUGCAACAGAGGAAACUCCUGAAGUGGAAGAUGAGCAGUGUCACACCUAAUAUAGUCAAGCACACUGUCGCGAGGUCACACUUUAAAGUUACCAAGAAGUGUUAUGACUGGCUGGGCUGCUGGGGUCACCAUAUGAAGUCACCUGGGUUCAAGACCAUACGAAAGUAUCAGAAGUUGAACCAUUUUCCAGGGUCCUUUCAGAUCGGACGAAAGGAUCGUCUGUGGCGGAACCUGUCCAAGAUGCAGGCGCACUUUGGCAAGCUGGAGUUUGGCUUCUUCCCACGGUCCUUUGUCCUCCCACAGGACACGAAGCUUCUGAAGAAAGCCUGGGAGGACGGAGGGGGCCGGCAAAAGUGGAUCAUCAAACCGCCAGCAUCAGCCAGAGGGAUUGGCAUACAGGUUAUUCACAAGUGGAGUCAAAUGCCACGCAAGAGGCCGCUUCUCGUACAAAAAUACCUUCACAAACCCUACCUCAUCAGUGGGAAUAAAUUUGACCUGCGGGUUUAUGUCUAUGUGACCUCUUAUGACCCACUUCGUGUUUACAUCUUUAAUGAUGGACUUGUCCGUUUUGCAAGUUGCAAAUACUCCUCUUCCAUGAAAACCCUUAGCAACAAGUUCAUGCACCUGACAAACUACAGUGUGAACAAAAAGAACUCAGAGUAUCAGACCAACAGUGAUGAUAAAGCCUGCCAGGGCCACAAAUGGGCACUGAAAGCGUUGUGGCACUACAUGGGCUCCAGAGGAAUCAACACCACUCUUAUCUGGGAGAAGAUUAAGGACAUGGUCAUCAAAACCAUCAUUGCGUCAGACCCAUAUGUGAAUACACUGGUGAAGUUGCACGUGCGUUCUCCAUACAGCUGUCAUGAGCUGUUUGGCUUUGACAUCAUGCUGGAUGAGAACCUAAAGCCAUGGGUCCUGGAGGUCAACAUUUCACCCAGCCUGCACUCCAACAGUGCGCUGGAUGUGAGUGUUAAGGGCCAGAUGAUCCGGGAUGUGCUGAACCUGGCUGGCUUUGUGCUCCCUCAGAAAGAAGACAUCCUUCCCUCCAGCAGCAGUGACGGUGGCUCCACCAGCAGUUUGUGUGGAGCAAUGCGAGAGAGAUCGAGAUCGAGAUCAGACCUGUCCGCUGACGAGAAAGUGAAGAGAGCCUUCUAUCUCACCCAGUGCCUCAGGGACCAGGAUUUCUGCUCCACAGUUCUGGAUGUGCUGACCCCCAAUGACGUGCGUGUGCUGGCUGAAAGUGAAGAUGAGUUGAGUCGUCAGGGGGAGUUUGAGCGCGUCUUCCCCUCCCCCGCCUCGUCCCGCUACCUCAGAUUCUUCGAGCACACACGCUACCUCAACAUCCUUCUCAACCAGUGGGAACAGAAAUACUGCCAAGACAGGAGCAAAGGUAUUGAAAUGUUGAGGAGUCUGUGUCAGAAACAAGUGCACUUGGGAAACCUUGAUGACAAUGAGCAUCGUUGGUCUUCAAAAUCAUAUAAAGGAUACAGAUCUGACAUUCACAGUGUCACAUCUGCUAAAACAGAACUAACCAAAUCAAGUGUUACAGUGAGUCAGAAUGUAAGACCCGAGGAGGAAGAGGAGGAGGAGGAGGAGGAUUGGUCUGACCCUGAGGUUCAGUCACUGACCUCCAGUCUUCCAGACAUGAGUCUCCUGGGUUCAAUGAACUCAAGCCUGAGUUCAGUCACUGACAGCCAGCCAUCUAAAUUCAGGAGAGCAGACAUGUAGGGCUUUCAGCCAACACCACAAAACACAAAAACUCUCACACUAGCACAGCUUAUGGAGGGGAUCUGAGGUCCAAAGGUGGAAGAUGGAGGAGAGGGGCUGGAUGUGAAAAAUCUACUAGAAAUUGCUGGCCGACCCAAGUUUGUUUGUUCAUGGAUGUUGCCUUUUCCAAGACCACAGGUGUGUGUUUCAAGGGGAGACUAGUAGAUGUCUUUGGAGUUCACAUUCUGAUAAGUUUAUAUAUGUAAGCUUUUAUUCGCUUGAGGGGAGUGAAUCUAGAGUCAUGCCUGUGUGCAUGAGCCAAUCAGAUACCUUUUCCUGUUGUUUACAUUUUAUGUCCACCUAACUUUUGGGGACCUAGUUCUGCUAACUGGCAGGUGAAUUUUUGGAGGAAAAAAGUUGUAUUAUUAUUAUUAUUAUUAUUAUUAUUAUUAUUAAUAAUAAUAAUAAUAAUAAUAAUAAUAAUAAUAAUAAUAAUGAUGAUGAUGAUGAUAGAAAUGAAUUGAGUCAUGAAUGAUUUGCAUUUCAAUUAAAGGAAAGUAACUUCUGGUUUAGGAUUUUCAUAUUAAAAGUAUUUGAAUGAAUGUAACUAGUGGUUGUGGGGGGGAUUUUUUGUGUUUUUUUUGUUAGUGAGAGCAAAAAAAAUUCAACAAAUAAUACUAAUUAAAUAAUGAUUUGAAAUAAAAAAAAAAUUCCUGUAAUUAUUUUUGACAUACCUAGGUCUGAUUAUUUUAAGUAUGUCGCUACUCUUACAACUGGUCAGUAUUUUGGUACUGUGGCGCUGACAAUAGUUGGUUCCUUGGGGGUGGCUAGACAUAAAGGAUCACUACACAUGGCUUUACAUUGUACUCAUCAGUAUCUAGCUGUCCACUUUGUGUGUGUUUUUUAUUUGCUAUAAUGGUAUACAGCAGGCACUUGAAAAUGCACUGAGAUUUCAUGCUUGGUUUAGUCUAGUAAAUGUGCUCAGAGUCUGUAGUGCUGGGCCAGGCUGAAAGAUGGCUAGUGAGGCGAAUGCCAGAAGCAAAAAGCCAUGUAACUCAUCAUGACACAUGGGGUAAAAAUAGCCACUUCUAUAAUGGCAUAGUGAAAUUCUAAAACGCUUUCCUGCUACCAGUAACUGAGUAUGAAACCUUUCAAGCAAAGAAUGCACUAAACAAGGCUGUUGUUUUUUGUUUUUGUUGUUUUUUUUUUAGCCUGAACAGCUGUUUUAAGUGUCUCUCUAAGGCUUCCUUUGAUAUUAACAACAUACUUUUUAACUGCCUACUUAAUUUCCAUGCACUGUAAAUGAAUUUAGUUGUCAUAAAUAUCUUAAAUACCAGUGUCAUGUUAAUAAAGGUCAAGCUUGAAUGAGCUUUCAAGAUGGCUCAAAUCUUAA